UGCGGCCCAGAAAGUCGAUGCACCGCAUUGACGUGGACUCUGAGGAGGAGACCAAGGGAGCAGAAGUGACAGCCGCAGCGAGGAGGAAGUCCACCCGCCUGCGCGAGAGGCCCACGUACACUGUGAGGAGCUCAGCUCAACUUUUCCGCCUCCUGCCUCUUCCUUUUCCCCCUGCGCCGCCGUCGCAGCCGAGAGAAGAAGCAAACUUCACAGAGUCAGAAGAGUCGGACCCCGACACUGUGCAGAGUUGGGGGAUGGAAAGACUGCACACUAACGAAGAGGACGAAUCGGUGGGGGACACCGAUGACAUGGAAGUGAAGCAGUGCAACGUUGUGCUGGACCGUCUCUGUGAUAAGGCCGCAAGAAGAGAACCAGAGGAAAACGACGACAUGAGCCGCAAAAGUACAAAGCCUGCCUCCCGCAUCCCUACUUUCCAUAAGCGGCCUGCUGUGGUUAGCGCAGAGCUGCCCGUCUCCAAAAAGGAUCCUCCUGUCACUGUACUUCACCCUGCUGACAAAGCUGCAAGUGUUGACGCAUCAAAGUCCAAAUUUCCUGAUGCUCGUGACAAAGCACUCUCCCAGCAAUCGAUCCGCUCACUCCGAGUCGGCCUUGACGCCCUCACCAUCCUGAGCGGCGCAGACCAAGCGGCUACAGGGGCUGCAUCCAAAGGCGACAUGCUCUCUGAGGGAUUGCAGCCCAGUCUGGUGGUAAGCCCCAGGCCUGCCCUAAGAGGAGAGGAGUUGCUCUCACCAGAGGAAAACAAAACCCAACGCACAGAAAUUGACAGUACCGCAGGUCACCUUCUGUGUGGGUACCCCCUCUCCCAUAAUUUGCCUCAGGAAGAAACGCCCUAUAAGCCAUAUAUUGCAACCAAGAGAAGUGUUCCUCUUGCAGUGACCAAAGAGCUCACUUGCAUACCUGAUGUGAGCCAAACAAUGGCUAUUGUUGACGAAAAACCACCAUGGGAGAGUGAAGAUCCAAAUGUAGCUGAGUCAAAGGACAGGAACUCUUCGUCUGUCAUAGAUAGCGAGGAUGACCUGGCAACGGCUGAUUCCCAGCUUGUUGCGGACCCAAAUGAGCCGCAAACAGGCAAAAUGGACAGUGAGGAUGUUGCAACGGAAAAAGCUGAAAUCGAUCACAAGUCAGCCUGUCCAGCAGUAGCGGAGCAGCCUCUGACAGCUCCUGCGACCAAGACAACAAAGGGAUCUGGAUGUCGCUACUUUGCCCUCCGCUUCUUGCUUCCAGUGACCCUGCUGCUUCUUGGCAUGCAUGUUUGGCGUUUUGGCCUUCCCACGUCAGUGGAGCAGCUCGCUGCUCACCUGGAGCUGCACUGGCUGGAGGGCAUGAGCCACAUCACAGAGCAGUGCAGCAGAGAUUGUCGAGUUCAUUUGGUGGAGAGCUUCCCCAUGGGUCUGUACCCGUCCAGCCCAUCACCGCAGCAGAGUACAGCAGCCAGCUGGCUCAGGCUGCUAGACGAGGCCAACAGCUCGGUCAGCGUCGCCGCUUUUUAUGUGUCGCUGAGGAGCAACAAGUCAGCGUUUGUCGACACUAAGGGCAGGAAGGUCUUUGAAAGGCUGAAGCAACUUUCUUCCAAACGUGUGAAGCUCAAUAUAGCCGUGAAUGCUCCUCAGACUAAGACUCAAGACACUAGUGAAUUGGCUGCGGCAGGUGCCAACAUCAGGGAGGUGGACCUGAAGUCCUUGUCUGGAGGCAUCUUGCACACAAAGUUGUUGGUGAUCGAUCAGAAGCAUUUCUACUUGGGUAGUGCCAACAUGGACUGGCGUUCAUUGAGUCAGGUGAAAGAAAUGGGCGUGGCCGUGGAGGACUGCAGCUGCCUGGCUCAAGACGCCACUCGUAUUUUUGAUAUGUACUGGAGCCUCAGUGGAUCUCUGCCACCGUAUUGGCCUGCUCGCUUCACAGCCCUGUCCAGCUCCCAGGAUCCUCUGCACGUCAACUUUAACGGGGUGGCUGCCAAAGUCUAUUUCUCUAGUGCCCCGCCACAGAUCUCAGCCCGUGGCCGCUCAGAUGAUCUAACCACCAUCUUGUCUGUCAUCAGUGAUGCUCAAGAAUUCAUUUUCAUCUCUGUCAUGGACUAUCUUCCUCUGUCUGAGUUUACCAAGCCGCUGAGGUUCUGGCCCGCCAUUGACUCAGCCCUGCGUGCUGCAGCCUGCUCUCGAAGUGUGAAAAUCCGCCUUCUGGUCAGCUGCUGGGAGCAUUCGCCCGCCGCCAUGUUCACCUUCCUUCAGUCUCUGCUCGUUCUCAACAGGCCGCCAAUGAAAUGUGACAUUGAAGUGAAAAUAUUCACAGUGCCUUCAACAGCAGAGCAGAUGAUGAUCCCCUUUGCACGAGUCAACCAUGCUAAGUACAUGGUCACCGACAGAGUUCUCUAUAUUGGCACAUCCAACUGGUCUGAGAACUAUUUCACCAAGACCGCCGGAGUGGGAUUGGUGGUGAACCAGACUGACUCCCAGGUCAAACAAGGCCAGUGGACUUUGCAGAGUCAGGCAGAGGAGCUUUUCCUCCGAGACUGGAGGUCUCACUACGCCAGCUCGCUCUCUGCUGGUGACGUCAGAGUUUGUCCUCGCAUACCACAUUGAAUUAUUGACGACCAUCUCGCGUUUGGAUCUGUACAAUUUUUUUUGGGGGGAAGGGUGUAAUUUGUAUAUGUUCAGCAUUUUUUCCCCCUUGAUGGUUCAGUAUUAAAGUUCAAACAUGGCUAAAAGUACCACAGCUUAUUGCUGGAAAUCCAGAAUAUGAAAUUUUAACAAGACUCAUUUGUGUUUAACAAAUAAGGAAAAAAAAAUUCCUGGUGAUAAUCUGACAAAUUGGAUUACGUAGAGACGUAUGCAAGCUGUAAAACCCCUUACCGUAUUGUUUGUAAUUUUAUGGUUAUCUUGUAUUUCCCUCUUGGCGCAACAGUAGUUCACUUGAGUUUUUUCCUCGAAGGUGGCAAGCAAGCCAAGGACACCUCACUUUGGCUUGUAGACUGACUCACGGGCUUUCACAGGCAGUAAAGAGAGGCCUGCAUAAGGGGGAAGUCUGUGGUGGUUCCAGCCCAAUUUUAGGGAGAUCACACAAGAUUGGAUUGCUUUAUUUUUCUGGGGGGGCAGGCUUGUUAGGUCAUGUCAUAUCCAUUUGGUUGAUGAGGGCUGCGUGCAGGUCAAAAACUUGAGUAAGACGGUCAUGACCCAAAAACAUGCAACAGGAAUUGGACACUCAAAAUUGCCCCUAGGUGUGAUUGUGAGUGCAGCUGUCUGUCUCUAUGUGCCCUGCGAUUGGCUGGCAACCAGUUCAGGGUGUACUUCGCCUCCUGCUCGUUGACACCUGGGAUAAGCUCUAGCACUCCCGUGACCCUUGUGAAGAUAAGGGGCUAAGAAAAUGGAUGGAUGGAAAAAAUAAACCUGUCCUGUUCCAUAAUGGAGAAUUUGUAUGCCUUUGUGCUGUAGAAAAGUUUUGCUGUGCAACAAGAGACCCAAAAACGGUCAUGAACCAUGUUAAGAGCUUGUCAUGGGCGAGAUGAGUGUGUCCAAUGAGUACUAAGUGUGGGGUGAAGAGACCGAGACUCCUGCAGGCCCAGCCCAAAUGGCCAUCAGAUCAACAGAGAAAAGGAGGGGAGGGGCUGGAGCACUUCCCACCCUACAUCUUAUGAUGACCCCACCUCCCUUCCAAACCAACCAUUGUCCAGUGACCAGAACAGGGCCAGAAGGUGAGGCAAACUUAGGUGAGAGGCGGUGCCACCCACAAUUCUCAAGUCAGCUGGGGGGGCCCCACAGCGCAAGGGAGAGAAGGGCGACAACUAUGGCAGCCCAUCCCAGGAGAGGGAAAAGGACGACACAGUUCCAGGAUGCAGCUGCACGGCCCCUAACCACCCAUCCGGAGACCAAAACGAAGCCCUUAGAGAGGGGCCAGCGAGGCACCUCCCCGGCACCCAGGGAUGGUGAACAGCAGACGCUUUGGCGAGUGCAGUGUGAAAAGGCCUUUUCAAGUAUCUUAAAUAUUAAAAUAUUCCCAAGAUAGCGUUGUCAACAAAUAUGCUCCUGCAAGUGGGUCCUCUCCAAAGAGGCGACUAGAGGAAAGGGUGUUCUUACGCAAAUAGGGACAAAGUGGAUACAAAACUGGGUCAAGCAGAAGUCGAUGUCAGAGGAGUCUUGACUAAACCAAGAUGUUUUUUUUUUGAUGAAAUUAUGUACUAAGUCUGCUCCCUUUGCAGAAUUGACAUUGUUAACACACUUAUCUAUAUACAUUUUAGAUCUUGCAUGUCUCAUGAGGAUUAGUUCCUAUAAACAGAAAUAUCUCUUGUUUUUUGUUCUGCUUGCCGUAACGGGAGCACUGACUGCCGCAAAAAAAUUACUUGUUUUACACACUUGGCCAUUAAAGCUGAUUCUGAUUAU